AGGUGUGGUCUAACGGCCAAAACCGGAACUAUCCGAAGAACAGCGGCCAGUAUCUGCGCAGUCGGUGAGGGAGAAAGACGCGCACGGAGAGAAGAGUUAACGACGAGGACUUUUAACCCUAUAUUUUUGCGUUUUUCUUCAGAGAAACCGGCCCUUGAAUAGGUGCUGAAGUUUCCACAAAAAUGAGUAUGUACGGAUCUCAGACCAGACUGAACCAGAUGGGACGCAGAUCCAACUCGCGUCCCGAUCUGACCAACACAGGCUUCGGUGGAUACAGGAGUGAGGGUCAAAUGUACGUGGCUGGAAAUGGACUCCAGUCUGAGUUUAAUGAUGGUUACACACAGACCAUGACGCAGUCCUUUUCCAGAAACUCGCAGGGGGGCAGAGUAGGUGCACAGACUAUGUCAUCCAUGCCUCUUCAGCAAAGAGCUCAGAUCCUUUACAAUCAAUGUAUGAACUAUCUGCAGCAAGCCCAAGUUGUCCUGGAAAAUUUGGGACCGGCGGUUGAAGUGGACAAAAACAUGAUGGCAGCUGUGGAGGCCAUGGAACAACUCAAGAAAUGUUCAAUGGAUUUAAGGGCUGCCGGUCAACCCUCUGACAUGAUACUCAGAGGUCUAGAGGAGUGCCGUUUCCUUCAUGCAGAUAUCCGAAACUCCAUCACAGGCACCACUAUUAGGAGAACCAGCAACACAAUGAACCCCAUGAACAGCAUGAACACCAUGACCACAAUGAACCCCAUGAACACCAUGACCACCAUGAAUACCAUGAACACCAUGAACACCGCGAACUGGGAGGACCAUAGCAAAAUUAUCCAGGAGGCAAUAUCAUGGAUCAACCAGAAAAAGCGCCUCAUCGAGACCUCACCCUUUGGCGACGAUGCAGAGGCCAUCAGCCAACAAAUCCUGAAUCACAACAAGUUUCACAGUUCCAUUCAGAGAAGCAGUGAGGUGGACAGAGCACGAGAUGAGAUGAUGCAGAGCAGGGAUAAGGCUGGACUUAAUUCCCUGGAGCAAGAUUGGGACAGUUUACAGAAAAUGUCCCAUGCACGUUCGACCCAGCUGCGAGAACUGCAGAGCAUCAUAGAGGAGAUCUCCAAGGCCAUCAUGUGGGUCAAUGACAGAGAAGAAGAAGAACUGGUGUUUGACUGGGGAGACAAAAACAUUGAUACCUACAUUCCCCAAAAACAAGAGAGCUACUCAAGACUGAUGAGUGCCCUGGAAGAGAAAGAGAAAGAGCUGAACAAACUGAAGACAAAGGUGGACGGCCUUCUGAAGAACCAACACCCAGCAUCUGAUAAGAUAGAGGCUUAUGUGGACACAUUGCAAACCCAGUGGAGCUGGUUGUUGCAGAUUACCAAAUGCAUUGAUGUUCACCUGAAGGAGAAUGCUGCUUACAGCCAGUUCUUCAAGGAGGCCAAUGAGACGUACGCCAGACUCCAGAAAGAACACGAGAGCUUCCGUAAGAGGUUUACAUGUGACAAGAACACAUCACUGGAGAACCUCGUAGAAAUGCUCAAACAUCUGGAGAAAGAGAAGGAAAGGAUCAUGGAGAGUAAGAGGCAAGUACAGACACUGGCCAGCAAGUCCAAAAACAUAGUGUGUCUGAAACCUCGCAACCCAGAAGAAAAGAGCAGCGGUCCGGUCAUGGUGAAAGCGCUGUGUGACUUUAAACAGGACCAGAAGGGCAUUCUGAAUGGCAACACGGGCAUUCUGAAGGACAACUCGCAGCGCAGUAAGUGGCUUGUGACUGGACCUGGAGGACUGGACAUGCUCAUACCAUCAGUGUGUCUGAUCAUACCACCGCCCAACCCACAGAGCAUCAGCGUGGCCAACAAGAACGAGCAGUACUACGAAGCCAUCAUGUCCCUUUGGAGUCAGCUGUACAUUAACAUUAAAAGCCUGGUGUCCUGGCAGUACUGCGUGAGGGACAUUCAAAAGAUUAACUCCCUCACACUUACCAUGCUCUCCCAAAUGCGUCCCGAGGAGUAUCGUAACAUCAUCAAGAGUCUGGAGAUGCAUUAUCAGGAGUUUACGCGUAACAGUCACGGCUCUGAGAUGUUUGCGGAUGAAGACAAGAGAAUAAUUGAGCAGCAAUACACGGGCGCACAGACACAUUAUGACCAGUUGGUGAUUCAGCUCCCCAACUACAGGGAGACUGGGACGGAAAGCCCGGGGAGGUUGGGGAUCAAGUCGCCGACAGGUGAGAAGAAGGGAACAGCAAGGGAGAAAGUAGUGAACAAAGUGGACGUAGACGGUGUGAAGACGGUGAUGACAAAUGGGAAGACGACGAUCAGCUCAGGAGCAGGAGGAGGAGGAGGAGCAGGAGGAGGAGCAGGAGGACUAAACCUUCGAUUCAUGUCAGACCUGAGUGCUCUCCGAUACAGACUGGAGACAGCGGAGUCAGGUCUUAUUCAAGAUCUCCACAUGCCUCUGAACGAGAACAGCGUACAGCAAUGCUCACAACGACUUGUGCGACUGCAGGGUGUGCAUCGUGAUCUGGACACCAUCCGUGACGAGUACCUGCGCCUGAGAGAAAAGAUUUUGAGAGAGCUGGAGGGCAGCACUAACGCUGAGCAAACCCGCUUCCUGCGCACCGAACUGGACCACAUCAACCAGAAACUGGGCAACCUGCAAAGCUUCUCAGCUGCAUAUAUCCAGAGGCUCACUGCUCUUCAAGCUAUGCUGCAGGGCGUCAUACAGGCCGAGGACAUCAUUAAAGUCCACGAAGCUCGUCUAACAGAGAAGGAAACCUCUGCUCUUGAUCCAAAUGAAUUGGAGAAAUACAGCAUGACUUUGAAGAGCAUGAAAGCUGAGCUGGAGCAGAAGAAAGGUGUUUUGAAGACUAUGGAGUCUGAGCUGUCCAAGGCUAUCCAAUUCAAUAAUCAGAUCAGCCAGUCUUACCAUCAGUGUGACGUUGACCUGUCCAGAUACACAGAACUGGUCGGACAGAUGACAGACCGGUGGCGUCGAAUUGUGGCCCAGAUUGAUAGCAGGACUUGGGACUUGGAAAAACAGUCGAAACAACUGAAUCACUACAAGCAGACAAGUGGCGCGAUAAACAAAUGGAUUGAUGAGACACGUCAGCGUCAAAAUUCCCUCCAGAUUACUAAAUUCAACAAUUUGGAGAAACUAAUGGACCACCUGAACCAACAAAAAGCGCUGUAUUCUGAGAUAAAAGGAAAGAAAGAAAAACUGGAUGGUGUGGUUACUGAUGCUGACACAUGUGCUGCCUCCAUCAAGGACUAUGAGCUCCAGCUGGCUUCCUACAGUUCAGGUUUGGAGACGCUCCUCAACAUUCCCAUCAAAAGGACUAUGCUGCAGUCUCCAGCCACUGAACUGAGACAGGAGGCAACGGAGAUGCAUUCACGCUACAUAGAGCUCUUGACCCAGUCGGGUGACUACUACAAGUUUCUUGGGGAGAUGCUGAAAAGCAUGGAGGAAUUAAAGAUGCGCAACACUAAAAUUGAACUUUUGGAGGAGGAGCUGAGGCGCCUGAAGGAUGACCUCAAAGAUCAAACCCAAAAGAACAAGUCACUGGAGGAUAAUCUGGCACGUUUUCGUCUGGAGCUCAACCAGUCUAAAGAACAAGUAAUAUCUUUGGAGCAGGUGAAGAGAACCCAGGUUAUUCAGGUCAACGCUACAAAAGACAGCCUGGACAGCACCCAGAACCAGCUAAAGAGCUUACAAGACGAGUUGUCACGCCUCACAUUUGCUAUUGAAGAGGAGAAACGCAAGCGGAGGCUGGCUGAGGAACGUUACACCACCCAACAGGAAGAGUAUGAUCUCACUAUCCGCAGGAGACAGAAGGAACUGGACGAUCUCAACCAGUCGAAAAAUCAAUUUGAAAGGGCCAUCAAAGAUAAAGAGCGGGAGAUCGAAAGGCUUAAAAUGCAGCUGGAGGAUGAAGCCUCUCGACGCUCUGCAGCAGAGUCAGAGACCUCAAAGGUAAGAUCACAGUUGAGCCAGGAGAUUAAUAAACUAAAGCAAACUUAUGAAUCUGAGAUCCACAUCACCAAGACCAGUGUGCUCAUGACGGCACAGCAGAAGGAAGAGGAAUCUGCGAACCUGAAACUCAAGUUGGAUAGACUAAGUUCAGAGAAGAGAGACCUGGAGGAAGAACUUAGAAAGCUGAAGCUCUCUUUCAGUCGCACAGAAGAAGCAAGGAUAAAAGCAGAACAGGAGGCACUUCAACAGAGGUCUUCAGUAACAGAGACUAGCAAGUUGAAAAAGGAUAUGGAGUCACAGAUUCAGAUCACAAUACGUCAAAAAGAAGAGAUUGAAAUGAGAUACAAGGCAGAACUGACAGAGGCUAACAAAGCUGCUCAGGAUAGGGCCCGUCAGAUUACCUUGUUAACACAGAACCUUGAAGAAGAGGCCAGAAAAAGAAGGGCCCUGGAGGUUGAGAACCAAAGCCUCAAAAAAACUCAAACCGAACUUCUUUCCAAGCAAACCUCCACCACUGAGGUGAUUAACAAACUGAAGAUCUCAGAGCAAGAGUUGCUGGUCAUCAAGCGAGAGAUGGAGAGGCAAACAAACGAGAGGAGCAAGUCGGAACAGAACGCCACCAUACUGCAGAGUCGCAUGAGUGAACUGCAGUCCAAGAUGAAUGCGUUGCAGGCCGAAUUGGACAAAGAGAGGAAGAAUACACAGGAGGAACUCACAAGGAGAAAGCGAAUUGAAACAGAGCUGGAGAGGGUAAAUCAAACUUGCCGCGAAUACACCACUACUAUCAACACUCUACGGGUCAGCCAGGAGAAGGAAAGUGCUUCGGGACGCAAGUAUGACCAGGAGAUUCGUGGUCUAAGAGAUGAUUUGGACAGAAGUCAGAGGGAGUAUAAGGUUACGGUAGAGAAUUUGACCAGGGUGAAUGCUGAAUUCAAGGCCUUGCAGCAGCAGCUUACUCAGGAACAGGCCCGUGCCCGUGAGGCCACUCAACGCAACGAUUCUCUCUAUAAGACUAUAGAGGAGAAGAGUCGUAUGCUAAAUGAGAGCACAAAUGAGAUUGAGAAACUGAAGAGCCUCACUCAGAACCUUACCAAAGAACGUCUGCGGCUAGAAGAAGAGCUGAGGAGUCUGCGAAUGGAGAGGGAUGACUUUCAAAGAGGCCUGAGCACCAUCGAAAGCGAAAGCGCAUCACGAUUGUCGGCCAUUCAGUUCCAGUUACAAACCAGCAAUAACAGGGCACUGGAACUGCAAGAACUAAUCAAUGAACUGACUAAAGAGCGAGAAAGUUUAAGGGUGGAAAUUUCUCAAAUCCAAAAGCAGUUCUCCGAGACAUCCCUUAUGAUCCAAAGGUCUGAGACCAAGUACAAAGAUGUCAUGCAAGAGAGAGACAGUCUCUUGGCCAAACUGAAAAUGCUGGACCAGGACCAAGGAAAGCAGCAGCGAUAUGAAGAUGAGCUCAGACGCAUCAAAGUCUCACUAGAAUCUGAGACCAAACAGAAGCAACGUCUCCAGGAUGAAAUUGACAGAAUUAACAAAGAGUUCAUGUACUGCAAAAGCCAAUACGAGUUGAAAGAAAGCCAGAUCAGGCAGAGAGAGGCAGAUAAAGACAAAGCAGAGAGAGACAGGGCUGCCCUUCUCAUUGAGAUUGAAAAAUUGACUAAUGAGCUGAGGAAUGUGGAGGGGCGCUACAAGAGUCGUAUGGAGACCUCAGAGAGGGAAAUUCGGGAACUCACUCGCAUAAGGCAGUCUUUAGAAAUAGAAUUGCAGAAGUUGCAACAACGUCCAGUCGCAUGCCCUAAAUGUUCACAGACUAAAUCUGAGGGGUUGAAUAUAACAGUGAAAGGUCUCCGUUCCGAGGUCUCGAUUACCGAGCUUGUAAAUUCCAACUUGCUCGAUGAAACAGAUUUGGUUCAAAUCAACCAAGGAACACUAACAAGUAAAGAUAUCGAGGACAGGCUCAAAAUGUACCUAGGUGGUUCUUCUUGUAUCGCUGGUAUUUUCGAUGAGGCCAAUAACAGGGUCAUGCCCAUUUACCAGGCCAUGAAAGAAGGUCUACUUCGACGGGGAACCACACUAGAGCUCCUAGAGGCCCAGGCAGCCUCUGGGUUCAUAAUUGAUCCGGUCAACAAUGUCUGCAUGACGGUAGAGGAAGCAUGGAGGAGGGGUCUCGUGGGACAGGAGUUUAAAGACAAACUACUGUCUGCCGAGCGGGCCGUCACCGGAUACAAAGAUCCCGCAACUGGAAAAAUCAUCUCACUCUUCCAAGCUAUUGAAAAAGAAGUGAUAGAAAAGGGUCAUGGAAUUCGACUGCUGGAGGCACAGAUAGCUAGUGGCGGCAUCAUCGAUCCGAAAGGAAGCCAUCGAAUUGACGUGGAAGUGGCUUACCAGAAAGGUUACUUUGACCAUGAAAUGAAUGACAUUUUGUCAUAUGAGGGUGAUGACACCAAAGGUUUUUUUGACCCCAACACCCAUGAAAACCUUACAUAUCUGCAACUAAAGAAGAGAUGCAUCACAGAUCCUAAGAGCGGCCUCGUUCUUUUGCCUCUAAAAGACAAGAAAAAGCCACCGCCAACAACAACUCAAAAGAACACGCUUCGCAAGAGAAGAGUGGUCAUUGUAGACCCCGACACAGGGAAAGAGAUGACUGUACGGGAAGCGUAUCAUCGGGAGUUGAUUGACUACGACACUUUCCUGGAACUUUCUGAACAAGAGUGUGAGUGGGAAGAGAUCACCAUCUCAGGAUCUGAUGGCAGCAAACGUGUAGUUCUAGUGGAUCGCAAGACUGGAAGCCAGUAUGAUGUUCAAGAGUCACUAGACAGGGGCAUUAUUGAUAGACAAAGCUUGGAAAGGUAUCGUAAUGGAACUAUGACUCUCACUGAGUUUGCAAGUAUGAUCACCAGUAAAACCAGCAGCUCUGAGCUUGCCAUCUGCUCCAGCAGUCCUGAAGAUGUCGCUACUUGCAGCAGUCCCACGCCGUCUUCUCCAACUGUCCGCAAGCGUUUCGCUAGCGUAUCCAUCACACUCUCGCCUCCAUCUGAUAUUUUUGAUGACCAGAGCCCUGUGGGAGCCAUCUUUGAUACAGAGACUCUAGAAAAGAUAACCAUUCCUGAGGCCCAGCGACGUGGUAUAGUGGACACCCUCACUGCUCAAAGACUCUUGGAAGCUCAAGUUUGUACUGGAGGAAUCGUAAACCCAGCCACUGGCCAGAGACUCUCUGUGAAAGAUGCCAUACAACAAAGCAUCAUUGAUGAUGACAUGGCUUUAAAACUGAAACCAGCACAGAAGGCUUAUUAUGGUUUUGAGGAUGUGAAGACCAAGAGGAAACUGUCUGCCGCUGAGGCCAUGAAGGAGAAAUGGCUGCCUUAUGAGGCAGGCCAGAGGUUCCUGGAGUUCCAGUAUCUGACCGGAGGACUCGUAGAGCCAGAAACUGGCCGGCGGGUGAGCAUCGAAGAAGCCAUCCGAAAAGGAUGGCUUGAUGGUAAAGGUGCACAAAAGCUGCAGGAUACGAGGAACUACAUUAAGAACCUUACCUGUCCUAAAACCAAACUUAAAAUCUCAUACAAAGAUGCAAUGGAUAACUGCAUGGUGGAGGAGAACAACGGUAUGAAGAUGCUCCAGGCUACUUCUAUGUCUUCAAAGGGCAUAAGCAGCCCCUACAACGUGUCCUCGAGUCCAAGCUCUCGCCCAGGAUCUAGAGCAGGAUCUCGUACUGGCUCGCGCAGAGGCAGUGUUGACUACUCCUCUUCAGUUAGUUUUAGUUAUAUGACAUCUUAGUUAGACAUUUGUUUGUAAUCCCUAGGCUAAGUAUGUAUAAAGCAAGUUUGAAAGAGGUUUUUAUUCAUGAUUUAGGUGUGGGUUUCAGAUACAGAAUAUGAACUGACAUCAGCAUAAAAAAUAUACACUGACUAACAGAUUAGCUUCUAAUCUCUAAACUUAUGAUGAUACAUUUUCUUGGGUGUUUGUUAAGAUGUGUUUUUUUGUUUACUAAUGUGAUGGAUUAAAGUGAUUAUUUACUCAAUGGGAAUUUUAGAUUUUAUGACAUUUAGCAUAUUGUUUUUACAAAUAUUUUCCAGUUGGUUUAUUUGGUAUAUGGCAUCAUUUUCAGACAUUUUCUUUUACUUUAAACUAAAUUGUCAGCUUGCAUAUUAUCAACAUGUAUCUAGAAACAUAAAAGCUGAAAUUUGCUUUAAUUGUUUAACCUGAUUGUUUUUAUGUAAGGUAAUAUGAACAAUAAAGCAUCUUAUUCUAUCAAAAUAUAAA